AUGCCUAUACCACCAGAUCUGGUAAAAUGUUACAAAUAUCUAGAUUUGAAUAGUCAAAAUCAUAUCGAGGAGUUGCGAAAACUUGUCAACGUCCCCAAUGUUAGCGCUGAUCCAUACGCGAAGGAUCACUUGUCAGCUUUAGUUAGGUGGAUAUCUAAACGAUUGAAAAAUCUAGGUUUCAAUUUAGUUACGAAGAUACCUGACUAUAAAAAUUACAAGGGAAAUAAGCCACCAGUAGUCGUUGGAAUUCUUGGAAAAGAUCCAGAAAAGACAACACUCUUGUACUACUGUCACCUUGACGUUCUUAAAGUUCAAAAAGCACAAUGGAAAACUGAUCCAUUUGAAUUAACUGAAAUCGAUGGAAAGCUCUACGGACGUGGCACAGCGAAAAUGAAAGGACCGCUAUUGUGCUUCAUCCACGCAAUUGAAGCUUAUCGUGAGGUGGGAGUUGAGUUACCUAUCAACAUACGCAUAAUAUGUGAAUCGAUGUUUGAGUGCAAGAAUAAAGGCUUGAAUAGCGUCUUGGAAGAUUUGAAACCUACUUUUCUAACACAAGUCGAUUGCAUUAUGAUGAUGGAAAGCCGAUGGUUAGGCAAAGACUAUCCCUGUAUUGUCUACGGGAUGCGAGGAGUUUGCUAUUUUAAUUGUACGAUUGAAGGUCCAAAGAACGAUCUACACAGUGGUGAUUUUGGUGGCAUUAUUCGCGAGCCCAUGCAAGAUCUUAUUUUUAUAUUAAAUAGUCUAGCAGAUGCAUUUGGUCACGUAAAUGUGCCACAUUUUUACGACGAUGUCGUCGAAGUUACACCUGAUGAGGAAUCAUUGAAGAAAAAGAUAAAAUUGGACGUUGAAGAUUAUCGAAAAGAUGUUGGCGUUGAUACUCUUGGCCACAACAAUAAUUUAAAGUUGGUUCUGAUGCAUACUUGGAGGUACCCGUGGUUCAAUUUGCACUAUAUCAAUAACUCGUGCGAAAAUUCGAAUAUUUUGGAUAUACCCAAGAAAGUUUUCGCGCGAUUUUCAGUGCGUACGGUGCCCAAUCAAAGGCAUGAAAAAGUAUCUAAUUCGCUUGUGGCUUAUGUGAAGGAAUUGGAACAGCAGUUGAAAACGCCAAACAAAAUUGAAAUAAAUGCUGAUAUGUCUUUGGAUCCUUGGUGUGAAAACCAUUUGCAUUGGAACUAUGAAGCUGCUAGCGUGGCUAUAAAACAGGUUUACAAGGAAGAAGCAAGUUUUAUCCGAGAGGGUAAUGGUUUUCCUACUCUCCUCAAACUUCGCGACGCAAUGCCAAAGCUUAACAUCUUGAUGUUGCCAAUUGUAAACAAUGAAGCAAAAGCACACACUGAAGAGGAAAAUAUUUCCAUUAGAUGCUACAUCGAGGGAGCAAAAGUUCUUGCAAGUUAUUUCUAUGAAUUACCAACAGCGAGAUUAAGAAGUACAUUAAGGAAAAAAAUAGGAAAAUUGAAUGUUUGCAGAGAUAAAUUGUAAUUAAUUGACAAGAUUUCCUUUCAUUUCA